UUAAUAAAUAUUUACUGAGUGAAUAAAUGAAUGAAGGAAUCAUCAGAAUGAAGCCAGGUACAGAGCCCAAGCCCUGGAGCAGAGGUUUUUAAAGCCAGAUGUCUUGGGAACGACAACCACCACAAGAAACCCUGCUUCCUCAGAAGACAAGGACUGCCCAGGGUGGACAACAGGUGGAUCUGCUAUUUGCUGUUGGAGGAUGUCAUUUGGCUAGUGAUGUCAUCAGCGGGGUGGAGUGUUACAACCCACUGUCCCAUGAAUGGAAAUUGCUGGGCUCUUCAUGCAAACACCGAUGUGGUACAGGGGUGGCUCCCUUGAAUGGCUGCAUUUAUGCAGUUGGGGGCUAUGAUGGAACCACUUGCCUUAGCAGUGUGGAAAGAUAUGAUCCCAAAAUUAAUGAAUGGAGAUAUGAUGUGGCCCCACUGGCAGAAAGCAAACGAGGUGCAGGUGUUGCUGAGCUAGGGGGAUUCCUGUAUUGUGUGGGAGGUCAUAAUGGACUGACCUGCCUCAGUUCUGUGGAAAGGUACGAUCCCGAAGAGAACAGGUGGUGCAAGGUAGCUCCUCUGACUUACCGAAGAUCAGGUUUGGGUGUGGCUGCCUUGGAUGGCUACCUUUAUGCCAUUGGGGGCUCAGAUGGCCACUCUCCACUAAAAUCAGUUGAACGCUAUGAUCCCACAGAGGAUAUGUGGAGUCCCUGUGCUCCCUUGAGGGCCUGCAGGGAAACCUUUGGCUGUGCUGUGUAUCAAGGGAAAAUCUACGUGGCAGGUGGACGGGAUGAGAUUACAGAGCUGUGCAGUACUGAACGCUUUGAUCCCACCUCCAAUGAAUGGUUGCCAAUGAGACCCAUGAGGUCAAAGAGGAAUAAGGUUAGCCUAGUAGGUGCAAAUGGAUACCUCCUGGCAAUUGGAGGCUUUGAUGGAGUGGUACACUUGGCAACAGUGGAAGCUUUUGACUUUGAAGUCAAUCAAUGGAGAGUAUUUGGCAACAUGAAGAAUCGUCGUCCAGGAGGAGGUGUAGGUGUCCUGAAGAUGACUAUUUAGAACAGCCAACACCCAAGCUGUUUGGAAUGAAGAAAAGAAGGAAUAAAAUAAACCUUUUCAGAAGCCUCACCCACCCACAGCAGAACUAUGGAGAGAGGAUUCAGGGAAGAUUUUGGGUUCCCUAUGUCCAGGUCUGUGAAUACAGAGAAAAUUAUAUACAGGACACUCUAACAGCAUUGACUUAACCACGUGACCUCUUCUCAGGUCACUAUUGGGAAAGUCUAGUCAUAUUAUAUUCAGUAUCAGCCCUGGCCAUGAAGGGGACCCAGGUCAGAAAGGAUAGGUGUUCCCCCCAAAAAACAACCUCUCAAUAAUACUUGUUGCUAUCCAGCUAUCUCUCCAUUGUCUGCAUGCAAAAUCAUAGAAUUCAGAGGUGGAUGGGACUUAGAGAUUACCUAAUCUAAUGAUGACCAACCUCUGGGACCCCUGUAGACUCCUUUGGACCUAUGUAGACUACUUUUGAAGAUUGAGAAACCAUAGGAUUAUUUGAAAAGGGUUUAUCUCAUUAAAUGAUUCAGCAUAAUAUAUAAGCAAACACACCUUUCUAGAUGAAAUGUCUCAAACACAUAAAUACUAUUUUCAAAAUUACAUG